AUCCUCAUUUAUGUGUCUUUCUCUGUUUAUAUAUUUACAUGGCUGUUCAGUUCACUCAAGUUAAAAGCAACUCUUUAACCUCUCCUUCCUAAACUUUCCUCAGUUCAACUCUUGGCAAUAUGCCAGUUAACUGUAUAGCACCAAAGCCAGAAAAUUCUGGCACAGAAGUGAUGGCAGCUCCGACGAAUUUGCCUGAUUCGUCAGAGCUGCACGACAUGUCCUGUCUGGCUUUCCCUGUCCAGAUCAAUUCACAGUCCUUUUCACAAAGAGCCUUAUACCCUAUAACUUUGAAGUUUGAAGAGAUUCUUUACAAGAUUAGGCAAGAAACACAAGGGAUGUGUUUUGGAGGAACAUCAAACACAAAAGAGAAGACUAUACUAAAUGGUGUGACAGGUAUAGUUUGCCCUGGAGAAAUGCUAGCAAUGUUAGGUCCAUCAGGUAGUGGCAAAACUACCCUUCUAACAGCACUAGGCGGCCGCCUUUCGGGUAAAUUAUCCGGGAAAAUUACAUACAACAGCCAGCCUUUCUCCGGUUCCAUUAAGCGUAGAACCGGAUUCGUGGCACAAGAUGAUGUCCUAUAUCCUCAUUUAACUGUAAUAGAAACACUUCUAUUCACAGCUUUGCUUAGGCUGCCACAAAGCCUAAGCAAAGAGGCAAAAGUGAGACAUGUAGAACAUGUUAUAACAGAACUUGGAUUAAACAAGUGUAGAAACAGCAUGAUUGGAGGUCAACUAUUUAGAGGUAUAUCGGGUGGAGAGAAAAAAAGAGUCAGUAUAGGUCAAGAAAUGUUAAUCAACCCCAGUUUACUACUUUUAGAUGAGCCGACUUCAGGGUUGGAUUCGACCACAGCUUUGCGAAUCCUAACCACAGUUAAGAGGCUAGCUAGUGGUGGUAGAACCGUGAUCACAACGAUCCAUCAGCCGUCUAGCCGGCUUUACCAUAUGUUUGAUAAGGUAGUGUUGCUCUCUGAGGGCUGUCCUAUUUACUAUGGUCCUGCAUCAAGUGCCCUGGAAUACUUCUCGUCAAUUGGUUUUUCCAUAUCUAUCACUGUCAAUCCUGCUGAUCUCUUGCUUGAUCUCGCUAAUGGAAUUGGACCUGAUUCCAAGCCUGCAAUCGAGCAAGGCGACAAUACUGAACAGGAAAAGAAGUUUGUGAGAGAAGCUCUCAUCUCCGCGUAUGAGAAGAACAUUUCUACAAGGUUGAAAUCUGAGCUAUGCAGUUCAGAUAACAGUAAUUACAGUUACAAAAAGGAUGUUUCUACUAGAAAUGGUGUGAAAUCAGAGCAAUGGUGCACAAGUUGGAGCCAUCAAUUCAAAGUACUGCUUCUGAGGGGGCUAAGGGAGCGAAGAUACGAGACGUUCAAUAGGCUUAGGAUCUUCCAAGUUAUAAGUGUAGCAUUUCUUGCAGGAUUAUUGUGGUGGCAUACUCCUACAUCCCACAUUGAGGAUCGAAUUGCAAUGUUAUUCUUUUUCGCGGUAUUUUGGGGCUUCUAUCCACUCUACAAUGCAGUUUUCACUUUUCCACAAGAAAGAAGAAUGCUCAUAAAAGAAAGAUCAUCAGGAAUGUAUCGCCUCUCGUCAUAUUUUCUAGCCAAAACAGUAGGAGAUUUGCCUUUAGAACUUGCACUACCAACAGCAUUUACCUUUAUCCUAUACUGGAUGGGCGGUCUCAAAGCUGAUCCUACAACCUUCGUCCUAUCUCUUCUAGUCGUCCUAUACAACGUUCUUGUAUCACAAAGUCUCGGACUAGCUUUUGGUGCGUUACUCAUGGAUGUCAAACAAGCCACUACUUUAGCCUCAGUCACAACAAUGGUCUUCCUCAUUGCUGGUGGAUACUACAUUCAACAAAUUCCCUCGUUCAUCGUCUGGCUAAAGUAUUUGAGUUAUAGCUACUACAGCUACAAGCUGCUUUUAGGGGUUCAGUACAAUGACAAUGAUUUCUAUGAGUGUUCAAAAGGAGUUUAUUGCCAAGUUGCGGAUUUUCCUGCCAUUAAAUCAGUAGGACUAAACAAUAUGUGGAUCGAUGUCUCGAUCAUGGCUGUGAUGUUGGUAGGCUACCGACUUGUUGCUUAUCUAGCACUCACUCGUGUACGAUGAUGAUUCGAUGAAGAUAUGUGGAGAGGACAUAUUUUAGAAGUGAGGCUGAAAGAGCGAAAUUUUCUGCGAUAGGGAGUAAGAAUGUUUAGUUUUAGAUUUUUUAAUAAACAACAUAUCCAGUGUAUUCGAACAGUCUGGGAAGGGUAGUGUGUACACAGACUGUACCCCUACCUUGUGGAGAUAGAGAGGCUGUUUCCGGAAGUUUUAGACUUUGUUGAUCUCGUUGCAAGAUUUUGAUCAUAUAACACAAAAGUUUUGAUGUACUACUACCACUCUGGCAAUAUUUUGCAUAUUAUUAACUUGGGAAAAUUUUGAAUG